AUGGAGCCUCCUUCUAAGAAAAUCCGAAAGCUCUUGGAGCAUGAUAGCGAUAGCGACUCAGAUGAUGCCGGUGGAGCUCUCCUCGGCAAGCAGUCAGCCGAUUCGGGGUUCAGCAUCAACGAGGAUUACGCUCGUCGCUUUGAACACAACAAGAAAAGAGAAGAAGUUGCGAGACUGGAAGCAAAGUAUGGAAAGUCUUCCAGUCUUGGAAACCGACCAGGCGAGGACUCGGAGGAUUCCGACUCCGAAGAAGAGGACGACAAUGCAGAACUCGCUACUGAGGCUCUAGAUGCCGAAAUCUCGGCUACAUUGGCAGCCAUUCGCUCGAAAGAUCCUCGGGUUUACGACAAAGAUGCCAGCUUCUACACUGAGUUCAGUCCAGAGGAAAUCAAUGCUGGGAAGGGUCCCAAGGAAAAGUCCAUGACCCUGCGGCAAUAUCAUACCGAGAAUCUUCUAAGUGGCGUCAACCCUGCUGAAGAAGAAGAUGUUCCGAAGACCUACGCCCAGGAGCAAGCCGACUUGAAGAACGCGAUUGUCAAGGAGAUGCACGGAGCGGCAGACAAUGACGAGGAGAUGGAAGACGCCGAUGAGUUCAUGGUUCGCAAGCCCGGACAGGACACUUCGUUGCCCAAGCCUGAAAUCAAUCUCGACGUUGAGAAUGCGGACAAAGACCCCGAGACUUUCUUGUCCAACUUCUUGUCCGCACGAGCCUGGAUCGCCGACAAGCCAGACCUACAUCCGUUCGAUUCGGAUGAAGAUGAUGAUGUCGACCGGGCGGAAGCAUUCGAGGAGGCGUACAACUUCCGUUUUGAGGACCCCAACAAGAUGAACGAGGUUAUCGUCACCCAUUCUCGUGAUCUCACGAACAAGCAGUCUGUUCGCCGCGAGGAAAAGAGCGCUCGUAAGAAGCUUCGCGAUGCCGAACGCCAACGGAAGGAGGAGGAGAAGAAGCAGCGCGAGACCGAGAAAAACCGUCUCCGCAAAUUGAAGACCGAGGAACUUCAGAAAAAGGUCGAUCAGAUCAAGGAGGUUGCAGGCCUUCGGGCUUCGAAGUUCACAGACGAGGACUGGUCCCGUUUCCUGGACGCUUCCUGGGACGACUCCAACUGGGAGGAAGAAAUGCAGAAGCGCUUUGGCGAGGAAUAUUACGCUGCCGACGAGGCCGAGGGUAGUGACAAUGAGGGAGGCAAGAAGAAGAAACAUCCCAAGAAGCCCACAUGGGAUGACGACAUCGAUAUCAAAGACCUGGUACCGGACUUCGAGGAGGAAGAGGCGAAGCCCCCAGUCACGCUAUCAGAUCUCGAGGACGAAGAGGCGGAAGAUGACGAUGAUGAGGCGUCCGGAUCGAAGAAGAAGAGUAAGGCCGAAGAAAAGCGGAUCCAAAGACGUGAAGCCCGCAAAGACCGCCUUCGCAUCGAGGAUGCGGUUGAGCGCAACCUUGAUCUCGACAUUACAUUGCUUCCUGGAGCCACAAAGAAGAAUGCCACAAAGUUCCGCUACCGUGAGACGUCACCGCAGAGCUUUGGCUUGACGGCACGGGAUAUCCUCAUGGCGGACGACACACAGCUCAACAAGUUCGCUGGACUGAAGAAGCUCGCCACUUUCCGUGAAGAAGAGCAAAAGCAGCGCGACCAGAGGAGGUUGGGCAAGAAGGCCCGGCUUCGUGAGUGGCGCAAGGAGACUUUCGGUGACGAGAAUGGACCAGUGUUCAAGUUCGGCGGCGAUGUGCAACCCAGCGAGCCAAAGGAGGCUGAGGAAGGCAAGGUUGAUAUCAGAGAAGGAGAUGGCUCACGGAAGAAGAGAAAGAGAUCCAAGAAGCACUAG